GCCGGAGCCGCUCUCAGUCAUCAGGGUGGAGAGACGCUCUAUAGCAAGCAAUCCGACACUUGGACAUAAACCACGCAGCUCCGACAGCAGCAGCAGCAGCAGCAAGCAGCGGAUCCACGCGGAGCUCACACACCGAGUCGCAAGCAGCACAGCGCGGGGAAAGUUGAUAGCGAUGCAGUCUGUGUACCAGCACCUGAUUAGCCUGCUGUUUGUCUUCAGCAGCCUGCAGCUUCAGCAGCUGACCGAGGGCUGCUCCUGCGCCCUGACUCACCCGCAAGACGCGUACUGCAACUCCGACAUAGUCAUUCGCGCUAAAGUGGUGGGCAAGAAGCUCCUGAGAGAUGGACCGUUUGGAACGAUGCGCUACACCGUCAAGCAAAUGAAGAUGUACAAGGGCUUUGAAAAAGUGCAGCAUGUGCAGCAUAUUUACACUGACGCAUCAGAAAGCUUGUGUGGCGUCAAGUUUGACAUCAACAAGUACCAGUACCUGAUCACAGGGCGAGUGUAUGAUGGCAAGGUUUACACGGGACUGUGCAACUUCAAUGAGAGGUGGGAGCGCCUGUCAUUGGCUCAGAAGAAAGGCAUCAACCACCGUUACCAGCUGGGCUGCAACUGCAGGAUUAAGCCCUGUCACUACCUGCCCUGCUUUGUGACCUCAAAGACAGAGUGCCUCUGGACGGACAUGUUGUCCCACUUCGGCUAUCCUGGCUACCAGUCCCGACACUACGCCUGCAUCCAGCAGAAGGAGGGCUACUGCAGCUGGUAUCGGGGCAUGAAUGCCCGCGAUAAAACUGUCAUCAACACAACUGACCCCUGAACCCGAACAAACCCUGCCUGAGCAAUCGCAUUGCUUCUUCCCCCUUUUGACUCCAUCUAGCCCCUUUUAGCCGCUAUAGUAUUACAGGACUCAGUCCCGCAUUUAAGGGCAAAAAAAGACAUCAAAUCCAUUGCAGUGCCUGUUUGGUAGCACUUCUGAUUGAAUUGUUUUAUUGUUGUACAGAACGCCCAGUUGAAGUGUUAUUCCCAGAUUAUAACUCAAAUAUUCCUAUGGGGUUCGGUGGUGUUGAAAAGGCAACAUAGUCUUUCUUUAAAGGCUAAUAGGAAUGCAUGACAUAGAUCUCCACCUCUAAUGGGAUCUUCGGAAGAAAAAUACAAGCUCGGAAAACAUCAUUCAAUGAUUCAAUGAACAACCAGCAAUCAGCCUUCCAUUAUGGACAGCAGCUUUCCAGUACAUUAGCCAUAUUCUACAGAUCAUGUGCCAAUGUGAGGUAUGGCGCCUCUUAUUUUGGCUUCAAUCAUUUUAAAAAAGAAAUGCCUGUUACAGUGCAGACGCACAGAAAAGCUCACGUUGUCCUGAGAUGGUUAUAUUUUGUUUUGUAUUGUACAUAAGCUACAGAAAUCAACUCAGCUGAAACCUCUGUGAUACAUUUAUUUAUGUGUUUAUUGGAUCAGACGCUAGAUUUGCUGUGGAUGUCUACAUAAAUAUAUAUAUAUAAACAUAUACGUAUAUAUAUAUAUAUAUUAAACAUAAAAAUACAGUCCUGAAUGAAGGACCAGCAUCUCCAAGUUGAAUAUCGUGGUUCUUCUUUUUGUGAUUAUAAUUUCCUUGUCUGGUACUCUUCACAAACCAAUCAAUUAUACGCAGAGGUUUCAAAUAGUGAGAUAUUUUUUAUCUUUUUGUAUUUAACUAUAUCAAAUGGACACAUACAGUAUAUGAAAGUAACAAUAUUAUCACUAAAUUCAUUCUUCCUCAGCUGCUUUUUCUUAUUUUCUCUUCCCAGAGCAGUAUCUUCGGUUCAUUCCAUGAAACUGAUAAGGCACAGAUUUGUCUCCAAAAGGGAGGAACAGCCCUAUCACCACUAAUAAAGCAUUACACUAAAUGCUUUGACCACAAAGAUUCAUUUGUGUCAAACUUUCAAAAGUUGCAUGAGAAGAUAUACUGAUGCCGUUAUCAGAGUUUUAUUGCAGACAAAAUGAGCGACCUUCAACCGCCAACAAAUCCACUUAAAGCUGUCCUCUCUUCUGUCUUAAAUUGUGGUGAUAAGGCUCUUCCUCCAGCUGAAGUGUUUGCGUGUCCCACAUUUCUGUAAAUAUACUGUUUCAAGUUUGAUCUUUAUGGAAAAAAAAAUCCAAUCAAGGAAACUGUGUACAGUCUGUGUGCAAACGCUGUUUCCUUAAGUGUGGCAAUUUUAUAUUUUUAUAUUAAAUAUUUAAUAAAUGUG